GCCGUCGCCAGGAGGACACACAGGGACACCUUGAGACUCGUUGCCAUGGCUGCCGCUGACGCCUGGCAAGGGGAAGACGGACGGUGAAACAACAGUGGAAACAGAAUGAGGGUUCGACGAGAACUCUGCGGUGUUGUGCUUUUGUUAACCAGCUUAUGCCGAGCCAGCGAUUUUCCUCACUCAAAGCAACUACAGUGGGACGGCCGAAAGGGCGCCAGCCAGGACCCCCUCUUCCCCGCGUCCUACGAGGCCGCGUCGGAGAGGGACGCCCGCAAGCUGGUCUUCAUUAACAACAAGGCGUACGACCUGUCCGAGGAGGAGCAGAGACGGAUGAGGGACUUGCACCUCAGGAAGGGUUACAUCCCCGUGGCGGACUUACCUGCGGGCGACGACGAGCGAGCGGAGAGCUACUCAAGGCCGGUCAAGGCCUCUCGUUUCGUGGCCGACCCCGACAAGAAGAAACUGAUCGUUCCCGUGGGCGAGGAGGAGCUCGAGCAGCUGAAGCAGGAGGCGACGACGAUGCAGGCGAGCGCCGCCGACCGCGUCGUCACCGAGAGCCCCGUGGAGGCGUCCACGGUCCUCUACGAGUACACGCAGACAUCCGUCCUCUCGUACAUCUGGAGGGAGUUCCUGAACAUCGGCGACCUGCUCGGGCGCGAGGUGGUAGACAACAUGACCAACACGCUGUGGUACUUGUGGCAGUCCGUGGUGAAGUUCGUUCAGUCGCGGGGCAGGAGGUCGCUGCCAGGGCCUGACCUCUGACCCCCGGGGAUCAGCUCCGGCUUUCGGGAUCUCUCGCUGGCAGUCUUGUGCUUGCCUCUGGCAUUCGUGCAGCCGAUGCUUGCCGCCUGGCGCUCCAGGCACCGGCUGCUCUCAGCGCACCCAGAAGCAUCCUCUCUCCCAGGCCUCGUGUACAAAUUUAUGAUAUGUAAUAUCGCUUACCUUAGAGAAGGGCAUUUAUAACAAUAAACUGUAAGCUUU